AUGGAGCACAACAGCUACAAUAUCGCUACAAUUAAUAUAAAUACGAUUACAAACCCGACCAAGACCAAUGCACUCCAAACCUUUGUCCGAAUGAUGGAUCUUGAUAUCAUUUUCUUGCAAGAGGUAGAGAAUAACCAAUUCAAUCUACAAGGUUACAACGUAAUUUGUAAUGUAGACCAAUCACGGCGUGGAACGGCGAUAGCCCUAAAAGAACACAUACAGUUUUCUCACGUCGAAAAAAGUCUCGAUGGGCGCCUCGUGACGUUACGUAUAUCAAAUACCACAUUGUGCAAUGUAUAUGCUCCCUCCGGCUCAGCUGUGCGCGCUGAGCGUGAAAGGUUCUUCAACAAUUCUCUCGCGUAUUAUCUUCGUCAAAGCACCGAACAUGUGAUUCUCGCUGGAGACUUCAACUGCGUCCUACGACCUUGUGAUGCUACCGGGUACAACACAAGCUCAUCUCUCCGAGCAACCAUCCAACAGCUGCAGCUUCACGACGUGUGGAUCAAAUUGAACCCACAAAUGCCAGGCCACACGUAUAUUACUCACAACUCCACUUCUAGGCUUGAUCGCAUCUACGUGAGCUCAGGUCUGUGUGAUAAACUACGUAAUGCGAAUAUACAUGUAUGCUCCUUCACAAAUCACAAAGCGCUGACCACCCGAGUUUGCUUACCCCAUUUGGGUAGGGAGCCUGGACGAGGUUUCUGGUCUCUUCGCCCCCAUCUGCUCACUCCUGACAAUAUCGAAGAAUUCCGAUACAACUGGCAGUAUUGGACCCGACAACGUCGAAACUUCUCAUCGUGGAUGAAUUGGUGGAUGGCGUACGCUAAACCAAAAAUAAAAUCCUUUUUCCGUUGGAAAUCUAAACUAGUCUUCGAAGACUUCCACCGUGAAAAUCAAAGACUCUACGCGCAACUACGUCUAGCAUACGAUAGCUAUUAUCAAAACCAAAGUAUGCUAACAACCAUAAAUCGCAUCAAAGCGGAAAUGUUAAACCACCAAAGACAGUUCACGCACAUGUUUGUGCGUAUUAACGAAACACACAUUGCAGGUGAAUUAAUGUCCACAUUCCAAUUAGGCGAAAGAAGACGAAAAAGAACUAUGAUUACGCAACUUAGGAGUGAGGAAGACGAAAUCAUCGAUCGACCUGAACACAUCGAACAGCAUCUACUAGAGUACUAUACGACACUCUAUACAGCGAACGAGACAACCGAAGAAAGAUAUGAAUAUUUCGCCUGCGAGAGAGCUAUACCCGAGAACGACGAAUCGAACGAAGCAUGCACGAGUGAAAUCACAACUGCCGAGAUAAAAGAGGCGAUUAAAACUAGCGCUUCGAAAAAAUCUCCUGGAACCGAUGGAAUCCCGAAGGAGUUUUACCUACACACAUUUGAUGUUAUCCACCGAGAGCUAAAUCUUGUAAUCAACGAGGCGCUCAAUUAA